AUGGCGAACGCACGGAGGAGCGCCAACCGCUUCGUCUCAAUCGACGCGCAGGAUUCUGAGAUCGUAUACGACAACACAUGGACGAACGGCAAGAUGGGCUCGGAACCAGUGAAGACCACUCUCUCGCCGCACGGCAAUUCUACCGCGUCCUAUACUUUCAAUGGCAUUGCCAUCUAUCUUUACGGCUACAUCGGGCCCGUUGCCCCACCCGAACCAAACAUCAUCUGCUACGUCGACGAAGUGCCCGCACCACAGACCCCCGCACGGCUCGUCGGCAGCGAGGACGGCAUCAAACUCUGGGCGUCCAGGCCGCUCUGCUGGCAGGAUCAGCUCACGGACGGGAACCACACGUUCAAACUCGUCGUCGACAGUGCGACGGAGGCCUACCCGUUCAUGCUCGACUGGCUGCAGUUCCGGAUCUCGAGCCAGCAAUACGAGAAUCUUGCGGGGAACCUGGAGGCGAACGCGACCGCGAGUGCCAGUGUCUCUUCGAGCGCGACUUCGUCAAGUUCAGCGUCGAGCGCGUCAGGCACUGCAACUGCUGCGGCAUCGGAUUUGCAAGGCACGUCCGUGGCACCGAUUGUGGGCGGGGUGCUUGGGGCGGUUCUGGGGCUCGGGUUGAUGGCGCUAGGCAUAUACCUUGUGGUCAGGCGGAGGAGACAGGCAUACUCGAAGUUGGUCGAUGCUGAUAUGCACCAGUCCGAAGCGGACAGGAUCAUACCCUUCACGGCUCCCGGUCGCCGACCAUCCGCUCAAACGGCAAGUUCGUCCACGGCAGUCGAGGAAUCGGAAGCGGCUUUCGAGGGCCAGGGUGGGGCGUCCACUGUUGCUGCAACUUACAAUCCCUCUCCUGCCCCGUCUACGGAAAGCACAGCACCCCCACGGGUCAGGAAGAGCGUUACAGCCGGUUUGUUGAACGCGCUGGGACGGGCGAGGCAGAGAACAGACCCAGAAAGUACGAUGUCAGAAGUCCCCUCGGAAGCUCCGCCUUUGUAUUCUCCGGGUCCUUCCAGGCUUUGA